AGCCUGUUUGAAGUGAGUGUUGUAUUUGCUCAUCCAGAGACAGAUGAAGAUUGCUGUUUUCUAGCUUCAGUGUGUCCAAGCUGCUUCAAACCAGCCAAAAAUAAACAGUCAGUCUUCACCAGAAUGGCCGUGGUAAAAGCUUUGGAUAUGAUUGAUGAAGAAGAGUUUCAUAAGAACUAUCCAUCUCCUCCACGUUCACCUAAAACUCCUUGCACAGCUAUUGACAUCCAAUGCAACAAUGGUGCCAUUUUUGUGGCUGGUGAGUNCAAUAAAUAUUCAAGAACUCUACCUCAGACGCCCUGGAUUAUAGAUGGAGAGAGGAAGAUGGAAUCAUCUGUAGAAGAAUUGAUCUUGGAGCAUCUCAUGGCUGCCUUCAAAGCAGAUAGUUUUAAUUUUUCAUCCUCUGGAAGGGAAGAUGUGGAUGUGAGAACAUUAGGCAGUGGAAGACCCUUUGCAGUUGAGCUAGUUAAUCCUCGAAAAGUCCAGUUGGCUGCAGUAGAAAUGAAGGCGCUUCAACAGAGGAUCAACAGUUCUUCAGACAAAGUCCAAGUUCGUGAUUUACAGCUUGUCAACAGAGAGGCCAUUGUACAUAUGAAAGAAGGGGAAGAAGAGAAGACCAAGUCCUACAGUGCCUUAAUAUGGACAGAGAAAGUGAUCCAAAAGGAAGACAUCACAUUUCUAGACUCAAUGAAGGAUUUAAAGCUUGAUCAAAAAACGCCAUUACGUGUACUUCAUCGGCGGCCACUAGCUGUCAGAGUUCGUGUCAUCCACAGCAUGCAGUCUGAGUACAUAGAUGAGCACCAUUUCCGUCUUCACUUGAAGACACAAGCGGGGACUUAUGUUAAAGAAUUUGUACAUGGAGAUUUUGGUAGAACCAAGCCCAAUAUUGGUUUCCUGUUGGAGACAACUGCAGACAUCUUUGAGCUGGAUGUAGAGUCUGUGGAUGUUGACUGGCCACCAGCUCUAGACGAUUAA